AAUAAUAAUUCGUUGCCUCCCGAAGCUUUUCGUGCCCAUUUCGAGAUUCCGCCCCCUUCGAUUUUACCCCAAAUCGCCUCGAAACCCUAGAUCUCAGCCUCCUCCUCCUCCAAGGUUUUUUUUUUUUUUUUUGGGGUUAGGUUUUGAUUUGAUUCCAUGGAUUCGGCUUCGUCGAGCCAACCCGAGUUCGAUUACUUGUUCAAGCUGCUUCUGAUCGGGGACUCUGGGGUUGGGAAGAGUAGUCUCCUCCUACGGUUCACCUCGGACUCCUUCGAGGACCUUUCUCCUACGAUCGGUGUGGAUUUCAAGGUAAAAAUGGUUAAUAUUGGUGGAAAGAAAUUGAAGCUUGCAAUUUGGGAUACAGCGGGUCAGGAGCGGUUUAGAACUUUGACGAGCUCAUACUACCGAGGAGCUCAGGGGAUUAUAAUGGUUUAUGACGUAACACGGAGGGACACAUUUACCAAUCUCUCUGACGUCUGGGCCAAGGAGAUCGACCUUUAUUCAACUAAUCAAGACUGCAUAAAGAUGCUGGUUGGCAACAAAGUUGACAAGGAAAGUGAAAGAGUUGUUACGAAGAAAGAGGGCAUUGAUUUUGCUAGGGAAUAUGGUUGCCUGUUUCUAGAAUGCAGCGCAAAAACAAGAGUAAAUGUUGAGCAAUGCUUUGAGGAGCUCGUCUUGAAGAUCUUGGAGACACCAAGCCUUUUGGCCGAGGGUUCGUCGGGCAUCAAGAAGAACAUCUUUAAGCAGAAGCCGCCAGAAGCUGAUGCUUCCACAAGCAGCUGUUGCUAACCUGACUUCUCUUGUGCGCGGUGAUACAAAAAAAGAUUCAUGGUUUGAGGUGAUUUCUUUGUUAUUUCUUCUCAUGUAUAGUACAUUCUCUAAAGAUAUGCUCUCUCUUACUGUUAUAUACUUUUCAUACAUUUUUCUUGUCACAGUUGCUUCGUUUUAUUAUACGUGCAGUUUUACGGUUUAGUAUUUACUCAUUUUAUAAGAAAAUAAUGCAUCCUAUAAAGUUGUUUGUUGAUUUGUUCCAGUGCUCAAUAAUCCUGUAUAAAUGUGGAUAUACAGAUAUACUUGGUGGCAUCUUAAGUAAGCAAAAAAAUCGAGUUCUGUUUG